AUGGCUCUGUCCUGCACAUUGAGGCUACCGCACCGGCAACUUCGCCCUUCGUGUGCUUUCCUGAGCAGCCUGCCCAGUCGGGACCGCAGCCUGCUGACGGAGAAGAAGACAGCGGCAAAGUGGAAGGAGAAGCAAAAGGCCAGGGAGGGCUGCAGCCUGCCGGGUUCCUCCUGGGAGGAGAGGUUAGCAAACGUGGCAACUCCACUGUGGAGACUUCCCUAUCAAGAGCAGCUGCAGGUGAAGUAUGAAAGCCAGAAGAAGGUUUUGCAGACACUGGCAUCUCAUCUUGAGGAGCUGGGCAUAGAUGCGCAGAAACCUGAUGGACUCUGCUGUCCUCUGCAGCCUGUAGUCCCUUCGCCCGUCGUUAAUGGCUACCGAAACAAAUCUACUUUCUCUGUGAACCGAGGACCAGAUGGGAACCCCAAAACCGUGGGGUUGUAUGUGGGAACUGGCAAAGCAAGAAAUAUUGUCUGUGUGAAAGCCAACCACAUGGAGAACAUACCCCCAAAACACAAACAAGUAGCGCAGUGCUAUGAGGAGUUCAUCCGUCGCUCCCCACUGGACCCCUGCAUCCUUUUCCACGAAGGUGGACACUGGCGGGAGCUCGUGGUACGUACCACCAGCCGUGGUCACACCAUGGCUAUCAUCACCUUCCACCCCCAGGAGCUGGGCCAGGAGGCACUGGCUACUCAGAAAGCAUUGCUUAAGGAGUUCUUCACGUGUGGACCUGGAACAGUCUGUGCCUUGACUUCACUUUAUUUCCAAGAGAGCACCAUGACACGCUGCUCCCACGAGCAGUCCCCCUUCCAGCUCCUUCAUGGAGAACCGCACAUCUUUGAAGAAGUGCUCGGCCUGAAGUUUCGCAUCUCUCCAGAUGCCUUUUUCCAAGUAAACACGGGUGGAGCAGAAGUUCUGUACCAGGCGGUUGGGGAGCUGAGUCAGGCUGGUGGGGACGCUGUCCUCCUCGACAUCUGCUGUGGAACGGGCACAAUUGGUCUCUCUCUGGCUCACCAGGUGUCCAAGAUUAUUGGUAUUGAGGUGGUGGAGAAGGCAAUAGAAGAUGCCAGGUGGAAUGCAGCGUUCAAUGGAAUUUCAAACUGUGAGUUUCACAGUGGAAAGGCAGAGGCCGUGUUACCACAACUCCUGUCGUCGUGGGAGGAUGCCCGACCCCUUGUUGCUGUGGUGAACCCAUCUCGGGCUGGGCUCCAUUACAGGGUUGUGCGAGCCAUCCGAAACUGCAAGUCCAUCCGAAGGCUGCUCUACAUUUCCUGCAAGCCAAAGGGAGAAGCCAUGAGGAACUUUCUUGAGCUGUGCUGCCCACCUGACCCAAGGAAGAAGCUGUCAGGAGAGCCGUUUGCCCCCACGUUGGCUAUACCUUUUGACAUGUUUCCUCAUACUGUUCAUUGUGAGCUGGUGCUGCUGUUCACCCGCUGA